UGACGUGCGACGCGCGAGGGCUCAUCCGGAGAGAGAGCCUUCGCGCCGCGGGCUGUCGGGAUGACGAUGACGAUGACGAUGACGUUCGGACGUUCGUCGCGACGUCGGGAAGCUGCAUCGUCGCGCAAAUGAUACGUAAAUGCCGGGAGGUCGAGCGAGCGCGCGAUACGCUCGUAAUCGCGUUUGUUGUAGAUCGCGCGCGGCCAUUUUGCCAGAACCCGUCAUCCAGUCGGGGCCGCCGUCGGCCGCUUCUCGGCCGCCGCGAACUCCAAGGAGGAUCCGCGGCGCUUUUCUCUCGGCCCCGCGCCGAGUACUCUCGCGGAUACUCACUUCUGUUUCACGCAGCAGCAGCAACAGAGGGGGAUGGACGACGAGGCCUGAGGCGACGACGAGGCGAAAUUUAUACGCGUGAAAACCGGGCAAGCGCGACUAUCGAUGAACACCUCGGGAUCACUUCUGCGAUCGGACUGGGCCCCGCGAGGUGGCGUCUGCGCAUUUCCGGCGCAUGCGCCGGCGCCGCCGCCGACGCCAUCGCUCGGCGCGUCAUCCCCGACCGCCGCGGGAACCUCCGCGCCCUCUGGCGGAGGGAUUUAAAAUCAUUUUAAGUGAUUCCAACGAUUCCAAUCGUAGAUGGCGCUAGUCAUCUUUCUGUAUCAUGAGAAUUAUAGGUUUUUUUUAUCGAUCGAUAUUUAACGGAAGAAGCGCGCGUCCGAAUUCUAUUCAGCAGAUUUUAUUUGGUAACAAUGCAAAAAAUCAAUUAAUCAUGCAUCUAAUGUAAAUAAUGCGGUAAUAUUAGAUACUUGAUUUUUCGAUUUUUUUAUACCUCGUAAAAUUAUGCAGAUUUACGUACGUGUAUGUGUGUGUACGGACCUUUAAAUUCAUUGAGUUUACCAUCUGAUUUUUGACAAGUUAAUGAUCUUUCUCGAAAAAUAUUCAAAGAGGUUAAUAUUUAAUAAAUAACGACAUAAUCUGGGAUAAUCUUCGUAAUAUAAUCACCACAUUAGCUUGAUAUUUACCAAUCGUUGAAUUACUUAUGUAAAUUUCAUGGCUUAUUCGCAAUCGAACUCGAGAGAAUUACAAAAUAGGAAGAUCUUAGAAGAGAUACAAUUGAAAAAGCAGAUGCUAUUAAAGCAAGGAGUUGCACCGACUUUAAACUCAUCAUUGGGCGUUUCAUCAACAGGUUCUGCAUCAAGUAUACCUGCGAUACAAUCUAAUGAUGGUGUGGCGAUGAGUGCAUCUCAAAGAGCAGCUUUACACAACGCACACGCGGCCUCAUUCGGUUACUUUGUGACGCAGGAUUCUUCUUUUGGAAAUCUGAUAUUACCAGUUCUCCCUAGAUUUGAUAGUAAAUGAAUUACUAUUCGUAAAGAUAUUCAAAUGUAUGUAAAUAGUAC